GUUAUUAGAUCGAAUAAAUCCUUUUUAUUUCUCCGGCUGUCGAUCCAACACAUGUAUAGAUCUCUACUGUCAUUUUAUCACCUCAAGGAUACUCAGUACCAAGGGGAAACCAAAGGUUAAAAGAAUUGCAGUGCAGAGAGAAUGGAGAGGAAGGGGGCCAAGGUGUGCGUCACGGGCGGAUCGGGUUACAUCGCUUCUUGGCUGAUCAGGAAGCUCCUCCUCAGAGGCUAUACUGUCCACACGACCCUCAGAAACCUGGAGGACAGAUCCAAGGUGGACUUUCUCAGGUCCCUUCCAAAUGGAGACACCAAUCUCGUACUCUUCCAAGCGGACUUGCUCAAUCCGGCAGAGUUUGAACCCGCCAUCCAAGGGUGUGAGUCGGUCUUCCAUGUCGCCCAUCCGGUGCUCUUCGGGGCUUCAAAGGAUCAGCUUGAGAAUUUGACCAACGUUGUCGUCGAGGCGGCAAGGAGCAUUGCUGACUCUUGCAUCCGAUCAGGCAGCGUCAAGCGUCUGAUUUACACUGGCAGUGUGCUAGCGAUGUCCCCACUGAAUGAGGAUGGAACUGGCUAUCGGUCCAGCAUAUUGGAUGAAUCCACUUGGACACCACUGGACGCCCCAAUUACUUGUUCUGUUGAUUCUGUGCUGGCUUAUACGAGAUCGAAGACGUUAGCAGAGAAAGAGCUGCUGAAGUACAAUGACAGAGAGAAUUCUAGGCCAGAAGUGGUUAGCCUCGAUUGUGCUGAGGUGGCGGGCGAGACUAUCCAUCGAGAUGUCCCACUGAGCACGUUGGUGGUCCUUUCGCCUAUUUUGGGUGACCAUCAAGCUUUCUUUGGCCUCAAGUAUUUGCAGGACGUUGUGGGAUCAGUUCCGCUAGUUCACAUUGAUGAUGUAUGCGAGGCACAUAUUUUCUGUGCAGAGAAACAGUCGAUGAAGGGUCGGUUUCUUUGCUCAGCCACAAGCGUCUCCAUUCGAGAAAUUUCAGCUUACUUUCGAGAAAAUUACCCGGAGUGGGAGAUUACAGAAGAGUUUAUGGGGGACUCAUCCGGCAGCAAAGUUAGAUGCGAUAAUUCGAGGCUGAUAGAGAUAGGGUUCGAGUACAAGUACAACCUCAAGGAGAUAUUAGAUGACAGCGUCCGAUGUGGGAGGCGGCUCGGGGCUCUGAUCAGCAAGAAGAUGUCAUAAACCCCAUUGAUCAAAUGAAAUUUUCUUCGAUCCUCCAAGUUCUGCUGAUUAGUAUAUUUUCGUUUGGUAAUCAUUCCUAUAUUUGUCAUGUGUUCAUGCAAAUCUAGAAUCAAUCAAUUGUUGACUUUUUCGGCUCCCAA